UCAGCUGGCAUCUUUAAAGAGCUCGGCAAGCGUCGAGCGAUACACGGGAAGGAGCGGAGCCCACGUGAGGCGAGCACGGGACACGCGACGGAGCGGAGCGCCGUCGUUUAAGGCGGGGCAGAGGGCGGAAGCUCCAAAGUCAUAUGAUCGAUUCGUAACAGAGCCAGCCGUUCUCCGCUCGCAAAGAUGGCCAGCCAGACGCAGGGUAUUCAGCAGCUUCUGGCCGCGGAAAAGCGCGCCGCCGAGAAGGUCUCGGACGCCAGGAAACGUAAGGCGCGUCGUCUGAAGCAGGCCAAGGAGGAGGCUCAGGAUGAGAUCGAGAAGUAUCGGCAGGAACGCGAGAAGCAGUUCCGCGACUUUGAGGCCAAGCACAUGGGUUCGAAGGAGGACGUGGCCGCGCGCAUCGAGGCGGACACGCGACUCAAGAUAGAGGAGAUGAACCAGGCUGUUUCCGUACACAAAAAGCCGGUCAUGCUAAAAAUUUUGGACUUGGUGUACGACAUCAAGCCGGAACUGCACAAUAAUUACCGCAUCGAGGUCUAAGCCGCAAGGAUCGCAUCUAAAUAGCUGAUAAGCAUGAUACGCUCUAAAUAUACAUUAACUAUUACCGUUCACCAAUAUUCUCGAUAUGUAUUUAUCGCUGUUAUAUCGUAUGUUAUAUUUUAUCGGAAAGAGAGAGAGUGCUGUAUACAAUGUAGCUGUAGGCAGCGAUACUCAAACUACUAACUAGAAAAAUCUUCUCCCGCAGUUGCUACACGACAAUAAAUGUAACCGUAUUGUUAUUAUCGCUGAGCUUCUCACCGGCACGGACAUAUUCGGAUAGUUUGAGAAUUGCUGUAGACGUAGUUGCGUCGUAACGAGGGGAAGAAAAAGACCAAAAAAAAAGUAAGAGCAACCGUCGACCCGCUGCGCCAAGGCCUAGACGCGUCGGGACGGCGUGCGGUUGUUCAGGGUAGAUCACGGUUAGAGCGUUAUUAGGGUGAUGGUAACGAGUUGUAUGUCGUUCAGUGUACGCCGUUAGAUGUCCAUUCCAUUGAUUCUGUCGCAUCGAGGACGCGCGACGACAUUUCUUUUUAUUCCUCGCUACAGCCUCUCGCGGCUCACGGACACGCUCCCAGUCGACGGUGGGCCGCGCGACGAUGUAGCCCGGCAUUCGAGACCCUCUUUUUAUCUUUCAGCGGGAACGUUUCAAGUCCUCCGUUGAUCCUGCGAGAACUGGCAGCUUUGCCUUAACAUGUAAUAUCUUGUCUCUGUGAGCUGGUUGGUUGUCUGUACAGUCUUAGUGUUCGAAAUACAAAGAGAAAAGAAA